ACGCAAGGAAAUUUACAUACAACAAAAUUAUUUCAUUACUUUUGCUUUUCAAAGAUAAACAUACACACAUCAUAGUUCUUAAUAUUCAAAAGUCAUAAACAUCCAACAUUCGCCAUUCAAUCCUUUCACGGUCAUGUUGGUAUUCAUGACUCUCCACCCAACCUUUACAAAAGUUUACAACGGAAUAUGGCAUUGAUCUUCUUGGCCCCAUCGAAAAAGUUAACUACAACUACAAAUAAGAAUACAUAUAAUCAUUGUCUGUACGCAUAAUUUAAUAUGGAAGGCAUAAACCCAAACCCGAACUCAAGCAAUUUGAAGAACACUGUGGAAGAAACGAAUACAAGCAAUCCAAAAAGACGGCGUGGUCUAGGAAUUGUGACACCAAAUGCUUGCACAGAAUGCAGAAAGAAGCGCGCAAAGGUAUCUAUUGACAGUAUUUGAUUCUAUUCAUUAACUUACGACUUUCGCCGAAUUAAUAAUAUGAUUCUUUGACACUGCUAACACUUUUCGGUCUUCCAGUGUGAUGGCGAAACUCCUUGCGCAAGAUGUUUAUCUCAAAAGAACGUCGAGUGUGUUUACGAAAUUCCUGUGCGUCAAUCGAAGGAAAAUAUGAGAUCCGAAAUCGAACACUUAAAGACUUAUCAACAACAAAGUGAGCGUGUGCUUGCUGCUAUUGCCUCACAAGAUCAAACUGCGCAGGUCAUCGAACGACUUCGACAAGGCGAUGGUUUGAAAAGCAUUGCGGACGGUUUGCAAAACCCGUCGCGCGUUGCAUCGGCUCCAGGAGGAAAUAUUACAACAUAUACAAGUUUCACCGAUCAUCAAGCGAUUGGAAAUGCGCUCAGGCCGGCUCGAGGAAUCAUCACAUCCCCAUUCACAGCGUCAGGACAAGGGGCCUUGCCAGCACCAUCUACCGACUGUCACAAUGAGGAGAAUCAAGGGAUGUGGAGUCAGUGGCCCGAUAUAAAUAAUGUAUCAUCUGGUACUGCUCCAGGAGAUGACUUGAUGAACUGGACAGCGGAUCCUACGACAUUAUCUGAUCAUCUUGAUUAUUCGGGAACUGGAGGGACUUGGAAUGACGAAGCAUCUCACUAUUCUACACCGAAUAGUGCAAUACUGUAUGCCAGAGGUCAAGGUCAAGAAGCUAUUCUUAACAAUGGAACUGGCUCAUCACAAGGAAACAGUCAAGAAUAUCCUCCAGCAUCAUGGACCAAAGUCACAUCGGAUUCUGCUUUUGUGGACCAUCUCAUGGCACUCUACUUCUGUUGGGAGUAUCCCACAUUUGCUUCGCUAAGCAAGGAGCAUUUUCUUCAUGCUUAUAGAACUGGGAAACAAGACCAUUGCAGUGAGCUGCUGGUCAAUUCGAUAUUGGCUUUAGGAUGUCGGUUCUCUACACAUCCAAAUGCAAGAACUGAUCCCAAUGACAGUUCUACCGCGGGUGGCCAUUUUUUUGCUGAAGCUACACGUCUGCUUAAAUGUGAAGAAGACCGACAUUCUUUGACAACCAUUCAAGCACUAGGGUUGAUGGCAAUUAGAGAAGCAAGUGGAGGUCGUUCUAGCGCGAGCAUCUAUCUUUCAGGACAGUCACUCCGAUUAGCAAUUGAGAUGGGUCUUCAUCUUGAAGCGAUGGGCGAACGACCCAGCGAACCGGUUGAAGGAACGGAAGCGGUACGACUAGCCACAUUCUGGGGAGCCUUUUCUUUAGACUCGUAUGUUGAGACUCCUCUUUAUUACUUCUAAUGAGUUGAAUUUAUCUCAUGUACUGACGCAUUAUGACAGAGCCUGGUCAUUGACGAUUGGGCGAAUACCUCAAUUCUCGCAUACAACCAAACUGCACAUGAAACCAGCAAUCGUAGAUACGAUUGAAGCAUCUGCUUGGAUUCCAUAUACAGAUGAUGGUAAAGUCUUGCGCAGCCGCAUAUUCUCAAGAAUAUAUUAACUAACACUGUCAGGUGCACCACUGGAGCGUAACUGUACUCAGCCAUCGAAUAUCCGAAGUGUAUACGCAACAUUUUGCGAGCUUUCUGAGCUAGUUCAUCAAUCCUUGUAUCUUUUCUAUGCUCCCGGUUCCAAUUUUACGAGCACUUCUUUACUGCAGAUGUACACUAGGUAUCUCCGUUGGUAUGACUCCAUUCCUGCAGCUCUACGAUUGGGACACAACUUCACACCAUCUGUCUUGUUUUCACAGUACGUACCAUAAAGAUCUUGAUAACAUAUUACGCGUGCUAAAUCAGAAUCUUUAGUAUGUAUUAUCACUACGCCAUCUUGCUUCUUUUCCGCCCCUUUAUCAAACUCGCUUUAAUGGGAUCGGGCGUCUCACCGCGCGAUGUUUGUAACCAAGCUGCAGAUGCAAUUUCCGCUCUCACGAGCUCCUACUCUCAACUUUACACCCUUAGGCGCACUCCUUCAUUUGUACCUCAUUUUAUUCUCGCCGCUGGCAUUACUCAUCUCAUAACCCUGGGCAACACGAAACUCGGUGUUGAAAAGGUUGCUCAAGGAUUUGCAGACCUUAAAGAUAUGGCUAGCUGUCAUGGGUUUGCCUCCCGCGCCUCCAAUAUCCUUCGUCACCUGGCCAAGAAAUGGAAUAUUGAAGUCCCCGGUGGCAAUGAAGAACAAAUAGAGCCUGAUACUUUUGAUUCUCAGGCUCGUCCUUCCUCCUCUUCUUUUAAUCAAUUUUGUACCGCUGUGGAAGAAUCGGAUAUGGUGCGUGGUAUUGGUAUUGCUAGUGAAGGUGAAAAUCCUCUCUUUUGGCCAUUCCCAAUGCAAGGUAAACCGUUGAUGGAUUACAGUGGCGAAAGCCUUGGAAAGCUAGGAUUCGAACGAUUAAGACAAUGGGCUUAAAGUUUGAGCUCAUUAGAUAUGGGAGCUAGGUUCUAGGCAGGAAAUCCCCUUUCCGAUGAUUGGAAUGUGGGAUAAGAUGAACUGAAUGGAUGAGGUGAAAAGUGAUGCCUCAUGUAUUUCAUGGGUAUAAUGCGUGAGCGGAUGGGAUUUAGGCGAGCGAGUGGGAUUUGAGAGUAAUGACGAUGAUAUGACAUGGUUGAUACCUUGGAGGCGUUUUGGUCUUUCUGGCGGAUCUAUUGGGUGAUUAGUUGGUUGAUUGGUUGAUGAUUCAUGAAGAUUUUUUAGUACCUACCUAUGUUAAUCUAUGCACUUGGCUUGGUUAGGAGGAACACAACU